AUGGAUUAUUGGAAAUCACACCGGUCGAUGAAAUUUGCAAGGGAAAUCGAUGAGGGAACACCUGAGUGUGGGUUUGAAAGCUUGCCUUCUUACUUAUACAUGAUAAGAAGAGUAAAUCCGAGUACAGUUACGCGUCUUCAAAUCGAUGAGCUUGGAAGAUUCAUGUAUGUGUUUCUUGCCUUUGGUGCGAGCGUUAAUGGGUUUCCUUUCAUGCGCAAAGUUGUUGUAGUCGACGGUACGUUUCUCAAUGGUAAAUACAAAGCGACGCUACUCACAGCACUAGCUCAGGACGGUAACUUCCAGAUUUUUCCAAUAGCCUUCGCAGUGGUUGACACAGAAAAUGAUGAUUCGUGGCAUUGGUUUUUUACGCAACUAAAACUUCUGAUUCCUGACGACAAGGGUCUUGCGAUAAUCUCGGACAGGCAUAACUCGAUAGGGAAAGCAAUUAGAAAUGUGUAUCCAUUGGCUGCUCGGGGAAUAUGCACCUACCAUUUAUAUAAGAACAUAUUGGGACGGUACAAAGGAAAAGAAGCAUUCCGUCUGGUGAAGAAAGCGACGAGAUGUUUUAGGAUGUCUGACUUUACUGCGAUUUUCGAGGAGAUUGAAGCGAUUCAUCCUGCACUCCACGGCUACCUCCAAAGAGCUGAUGUCCGCCUGUGGACACGUGUUCAUUUCCCGGGCGAGAGGUACAAUUUCAUGACUACAAACAUAGCGGAAUCAAUGAACAGAGCAUUGUCGCAUGCUAGAGGUCUAAACAUUGAUGCCAGAUCGCAGCCAACGACGCUUAUGCGUGGUGUCGAGAAACUACUACAUGGUCAUGUAACUGCCGCCAGAGAAUUGACGGUCCAAAGGAUUGAUGAUCCUCACACUGAAGUUAAAUAUGGAUCUUCUAGCGAGUCUUUGAAUGUUAUUAAUUUGGUAGAGCGAAAGUGCACAUGUCGGCGUUUCGAACGUGAGAAAUUACCAUGUGUACACGCAAUCGCAGCUGCGGAAUACAACAAUAUUUGUCGUAUAUCCCUGUGCAGUCCUUACUAUAACAGUGAAUAUUUGGUGAGCGCAUACGCUGAAUCUAUCAUGCCGGCUGACUCAGCGCAACCUGUUCCAUAA